UUAGGCUACUGUUGCGCCUUUCUUUCACCUGGUGGAGCACGCGACCGGUGUGGGCACGCCUGAGCCCUCGCGGCAACCCGCUCUGCAGGUUAGCCCAGUGAGUCAUUCCUCGUGCAGCUUUAAGUAGGACAACUCUCGUCUCGCUAUUAUCUCUCUGCUCGCACUUUCCCAAGCAGGGCUUCUUCUGCAGGCACCAUGAGUAAGUCCAGCACGUUGAAAGUAAAGGGCUUGUUUAAGUUAAAGUCACAUGAAAAAGAAAGCAAGGAGCCGCAAGGGUCACGCUCUCUUCAAGAUGGAGCAGCAACCAGCCCCAAAGACAAGUCGGGAACUUUACCGGCGAGCCCGGGACCCCUGAGCCCGGGGGCGAACGCCACAUUGCCCGGUGAUGUUGUACCCACAUCCCCGAAAGCAAAGAAGGGAAUGCGGCUGUUGUCGUUAAAGCUGAAACGGAAAAAAUCCAAGCGCAAAGACGAAGGAGAGGUGUUCUUCCCUGAGACUGCUGAACCUGACGGCUUCAGCAGGCACAGGAGCUACGACCAGAUAAGUGUUUCCACAGAAUGCAGUUUCCGGACAGAAUCGGAUUGGGACCCUCAUUCUGAGUCCACCUCCAUGAUCAGCUUUGACAUGACCCAGCCAUACAGCCCUACUUCACCCUCCAAAUUGUACAAGAAUUCGGAGGAGAAGAGGGGAGUGCUUAACCGCAUUACCAAUUUCUUCAACUCCAAGAGAAAGAAGAGCAGUAGUAGGCAGCAUUCAGAUGCCUCCGCUGAUGGAAGUACCCCAGCAUCCCCCUUGUCUCCUCGUUCACUCCAGUUUCAACAAGAGGAUGGGCUUAAGACUCCAACGCCUUCUCGAAAAGAGAAUGAGCUAACAGAUCCUCAUUAUGCGGAGACCAGCAGCAGAGCAGAGUGUAGUGAGAACCUCAGCCAAAGCUCCAGUCGCAGCGCCUCAAGUGUGGCUUCUCUACUGACACCUGGAGCAGAGUUCCCAUUUGCAGAUAGUAGCAGCAGUGGCCAAAGCAGUGUGAGGCAGGUGCACGGGUGCAGGGGAAGCACAGCCAGCAGUAGAAGGAAUUCUGGGAAUGUUACUCCCACCGCUCAGGAACUUGCUACCACAAGUGCUGAUUUUAGCUCAGAACUGGGCUUUGCAGACUCAGUGGUAGAGGAAGUAAGCAAGAGGCUGCAGGUCAGUUUGGAAGAAAAUAACCUGAAGAACACAGAGGGUUCCAGUGAGGAUAAUGCUGAUAACCAGACCACACUGCUAACAUUAAAAAUUCCACUUUCCAAAGCAACUGAAGCCCCAAAAUCACCUAAUUUAACAUCUAUAAGCUUAGGAUCAAAGAAAACAUCAGUGAAAGUUGGAGAGAAGGGGCACAGCACUGCCCUAAGAGGAAUAACUUUAGGCUCUCAGUCAUCCCCCUCACACCUCAUCGCCACUCAGAAAAAAGAUGAAGACUCAGGAUCCAAGAGGACGGCUCAGGUAUUCUCUUGGGAAACUGCAACCGAAGUAUUUAGCCCUUCGCCCGAGAAAGAGCACAAAUUAUCGACAAGUGAUUCUCCUAUCCAACUCCACAAGGCUAUAUGGGUGGAAACACACCUAGGAGAGGAGGAGGAAGGGGAGAGGGAGGGGGAGAAAGAGAAGGAUAUAAAAAAACAAGGGGGGGAGGACUUCAGAGCAGACUCACCUCCAGUGCUGGCUAUACCUGUCACUGUAAUUCCUGAAGACGACUCAGUCAGUCAGGGCGCUACAGACAGUUUUUCUUUCACCUCAGAACCUUUCCCGUCCAGUGGAAGCUUGCCAGAAUCGGCCAUCUCCUUGGCAGCGACUGCAGGGGAGUUCCAAACAAACUCACCGCAGCCCGAGGGGCCUGACACGGGCAGGCAGUCAAGGCAAGGUUCACUUCAGGAGAAGCACAGAUCUAGAGAAAGUCGUGUGACGCGCAAGACCGUGAAUUUGCCUUCAAAGAACAAGGUUUUUGCUCAGAAGGUAUAUGUUUGUCCGGAGCCAAGUUUGGAUGAGAACAAACCAGUGGGAGAGGAGUACAACAGAGAUUCAACCUCAAAGACUUCAGACACAACAGAAGCAAAACAACUGCCAAGCCUUCAAAACAACAAUGUGGAACUCAAUGAAGUCAAACUUGAGACAUUACCAAGAACAGAUGAGGCUGCCCACUCUGACACAAAUACUCCUGAACCCCUAGUCAAAGCAAAAACAGACUCUGGGGCCUGUGACUUUGAUGAUAGCUCUGUAGCUUCAGACAUGUACAGAGCAAAGUCACAAGCAGCAGGCUCUGGGGUAAGAGGGCAAGGGACUAACCAGGCCACGUCCUCUAAACGAGGGGUUAAAUCACCAUCAGAAAGUAGGCAUGCCACAGCAAGUGAAGCGAAGACCCCGUCCUCAGCAGCUGAAAGCAAGGCCAAAAAUAUGACCGCAAAGGACAAGGCCUCCAAGGAGAGCACAAAGGUGGAAACUUCCAGUGAUAUGCCACAACAGAGAGAACAUAGAAACGAGAGAGCAGUUUCUUUGUUCCCAACAUUAAAAGACCAAAGCACCAGUAGUCCCUCAAGUGCAACGGCUUCAAAGUCAAAAAUCCCCAAAAGGUUAACACCAGAUGCUGAUGUGAAAUCACCAGUGAUGGCAGAUAAAGCAUCAGUGACUGACGCCUCUGGGUCAGUGGUCACUUCCAAACAGCACAAACAUCCCAGAAACAAAGAAUCUUUGAAAUCUCCUGUCAUUUCUAAAGCUGGCAGACAACCAAGUUUUGAAGAAGUCAAGGGUGGGAAAACUCUGCCAGGAGACAUUUCUCCCACAAAAACAACACACAACAAGGGAACUAUGCAUAUUAAAGAAAAGUCAGACAGUGACUCUAACUUGGUAAAUGGUAUGGAGAAGGACCAGAAGGGGAGUAGUAUUAAAAGGGGACACCAAACUGAUACGGAGAGUCUGGAUAUCAAAAAACAGAGGCAAAACCAUCUGGAGAAUAAAGGCUCCUUGGCAUCAAAUAGUCGGUUGCCUAUUUCAUCUCUGACACAAAAGACAAACAAUGAACUAAUUGAAACAGUCCAGAAGCAGAGUCCAGAGCAACAGGAAGUAACCCCUGUUGAGAGAUCUGGUAGUGAGACGCCAUCUCCACUUCCUGAAUUUUCAAAUAAAGGAAGCAUCAAGUCAGCAAGAUCGUCCAAACACAUCUCUAAAAGAAGCAUUAGUCAAAAAGAGAGUGACACGCCCACCAUGAGUGCCUCUCCACCUCCUGCCAAAGAAGAGAAAACUGUAUCAUCAAAUAACAAACAAACGGACGUCAAACACAGCAAAACUCCAGUAAAGGAUCCAGCUGAAGUGUCAUCAUCUGUAAGCAAGCUACCUACACGAGCUCAGAGAAGCUCCAAUAAAAUAAAACCCAGAAAAACUUCAUCACCUGAGAAUUCUCCAAGCACAUGCACGUCUAAACAGGAGGACUCUAAUCAGACCACCAACUCAGAAAACACAAACGCAAACUCAAAAGUUACGCCAGUCAUAGGCCCAGGAGCUGAUGUGUUGUCUAGCAAUGAGGUUGUCAGCGCAAGUCCAUCUCAGUCGCCAUUUACGGAUUUAAAUGAGGCUGCAGCUGAUAACCAGGGAGGACAGCAAACAAAAGUUGAGUCUCCAUCUGAAAAUGCAUCUCACAUUCAAAGUGACAGCACCACACAGGAACAGGAAACACUCAUUUCACUGAAGAGUUAUCCAGAAGAUUUCAAAGAUAAAGACAUUUUAGAGACAACUCAGGUAAUAAGUAACAUAAAACCAGGUUUAUUGCAGGAGAAAGGCUUCACGGAGACAAAUGCUGCAGUGUUGGCCCAGGACACAAUUCCAGCUCAUGAGAAUGUCACUGAUAUGUCAGCCAAACCUGUUUUAGUAGACGAUAUUCACUCUGCCGCAAUGGACCACUCUGAUCAAGAAGGUGUUGUGCCUGGCAGUGUUGCAAUUAAUAAUACAGAUAAGGUUAGUUCUAAGGAGUAUAAUGCAAGAAAUAGUCUUCCUGCUAAUUUGACCUCAAAAGACCAGGACUCUGGGCUAAAACACACACUUUCAGCCACUGCCAUUAGUGUUUCAUUUGAUGAUGACCUAGUUAGUAAAGAACAGAAAAAGCAGUCAUUGAAGGAUCAAAAGACAGAUAUUCUUGGAAAUGAAAGCUUGCCCACAUUCAGCGGAGAUUUUGAGGUAGAGGAAAAAAGUAAAGUGAAGGUUGGCAGUAAACUAGUAGAGACUUUGGACAUUCAGACAGAGACUGGGACUGUUUGUGAAUCACCCAAGAAUGUUGAAAAUCAGUUGGACAAAGAGCCUCUUUCACUGGCAGGAGAAUUUGGAAGACAGGAGAAAGACUCAACACCAAAUGAAAGGCUGAAUGACACAGUGGACAGCACUGACACACAGAGCAGUUGCAAAAAGGAGCUCAAGGGUGCAACUAUUGAGGAUAAGGCAGACCGCAGCAUUACAAAACCAGAGGAGCCGAUGCAUCUGUCAUUAGAGUUGAAUUGUUUCGAGGCUGACUCAGAGGAGAACCAACACACGGUAAUUACAGAUGCUCAGGAAAAGAAGACAGAGGCAGAACAAGAAAGAAGCGCAUCCCAUGAAAAUACAUCCAGUGUGGUGGGUACAAUGCAGGAAUGUGGGAUCCUCAUAAAAGCAAAUGAAGACAAUGUUGAUAAGGAAACAGAUCAGAAUGAAAAGGCAUCAACAAUAAAAAAUAAACAGGAACCCGAAGUGCUUCGAAGCAAAGAUGAGGAGGUCAGAGUUAUUGAAUCAGUUAAGGACGACAUACACACUGAUGUUGUAAAGGAGAGUCAAACUCCAGAACUACAAGCUUCAAGCACUAAAUCUGAGAGUGUUGAAGAUGCUAAAGAAGCAAGUGAAACAAGAUCAUUUGGGGAGAAUCUAGCAAAUGAGAUUUCAAAUGAGGCUGCUGACGCUGAUGUUAGUAGCUGUGAGGACAAGACAACUUUAACUGCUAGAGACCAAGAAAAGAAAGCUGAGGAAAACGCUUCAUCAAAAUGCAAAAGUCCAAAGGCGAAUGUAGAAGAACAAACUGAAUCAGAAAAGGCUCUAGAGAAGACAACAGGAAGCAAAGAUUUUGAAAUGAAUACAGCUCAAGAAGGUGCUAAAGAAGAAAUUGAAACAAAGGAUUCAUCCAUAGAAGGUUUGGUGAAUGAGACUGCAGUUAUGAAUAAAAGUGAAGUUAGCAUCCAGGAAGACCAGAAGCCCAUAAUUGUCAGAAAUCAAGAUGAGGACAUGACAAAAUCUGAGAAAAACAAAUUAAUAGAAUCGAAAUGUCUAAAUGCUAACCUCGAACAGGAGCAAAGGCCGGUAUCAAAAGAAUCUCCAAAGAGGAAAGAAACCACCACCUUGCCUGAAAAGUCAAGUGUUUACAUAACUGAAAAAGCACCUGAUAAGAAACAGGAACCGACGAACCUCAUUAUAGAAGGUGUUGAGGGUGAAAAUAAAAUGACAAAGCAGGACGAUCAGCAGAUGAAGGCAUCACAGAAAGAUGCCAAGCAAGAGUCAGAACCAAUUUUUAUAAAAGAUGCAUCAAGGAAAAACAGUGGUGGUGAACAAAAAGAUAAGCCCACUGUUACAGUACUGAGUAGUACUGAUGCUGAGAAGAAUGAUGAAGAUACCAAAGGAAAAACAAAAACAGUUGAUAGUUUGAAACAGGAUCCACAGACAUUAAGAACAGAGAAAAGCGAUGAUCUACAAAAACCUGCAAAGCCAACAAUCAAUGGCAGUUCGACUCCAGUUACAGCUCCAGUCAAACCAUGCACUCCAUCUCAAAAUCUUCAGCUAAAGAAGGAAUCCCCAUCUAGCUGGCUGGAUGUGGAACUUCCUCUUAAAAAGAAGAAGGAACAUAAAAAAAGACCAGAUGCCUCAGCCAGUGAGGAUGAAUCUCUUGAACCUGAUGACUUUGAUGAUUUUAUCAGGAGCAUUAAGGAGGGCAGCAUUCCAUUCUCACAACCUCCAAAGAAACAUGUACGUAAGAAGUCCCCAUCGGCACCUUUUGCCAUGCCAGCCAUCAAGGAGGACCAUUUUGAGAAAACGUUUGAUCCAGAGGAAUUCCAGUUUGGUUUAAGAAAAGAUGGCAGCAUUUUUAAGGAUCCUUCCCCAGCUAUGGUAAUUAAACAAAAAGCAGCUAAUAGGAAAGGACGAACCCUGGAGAAACGUGCACAAGAUAAUGACGUGCUCACAGCUAAAGACCAUAGGAAAUCACUUGAUGAGGUGGAAGGAAAAGAUGGAGUCAAAGAGGGGACAGAUAUUCAUGCUGGAAAGGAAGAGCUACCAAACAAUGGAGAAGAACCUGGGAAGCCGAAGUCACGACUUGGAAGGAUUUCCAUCCUCUCCAGUUUACUGAGCUCUCCUUUGUCCUCCAGGAAGGCCAAAGAGGAAGCUAUCUCCCCCUCAAGUAGUACACUUUCAUCUAAGCAACAACAGGACUUGCCCUUGCUUGGAGAGCAGGGAGUUGAUACACGUCUGCCUGGAGUAAAGACAGAUAAGGAGGGUGUGAGUGGGAUAAAUCAAGGCGCACUUGUAGGUGGUGGUACAAGUACAGUCAGUGAGUCAGCACUCAGCCCUUCCUCUCCUCCUCCUCUGCCAUCUUUCUCUGACAUAAAGCUGCCUGAUCAUUUAGAAAAAUACCUCAAGAAGAACAAAAGAGAAUCUGAGGCCUCCCAGGACUAUACUAAAACUAAACUGAAUCCUGCUGUGAUGGACCAGGCCUCGAUAGGAGGAGCACCUAAUGUGGACUUGGAGGGCCCUGGUGGACCACCUACAACUAGCAACUACAGCCAGAAGACUUUUCAAAAAAUGCAGCCUACUUCCAAGACUAAGAUACCUGCAAUCAGAGGGUUCCACAAAAGGCCUGGAAAGAUUAUUGUACAUGAACAUGCUCAGUUUGGAGGGAAAGCGUUUGAACUCUAUCGUGACAUAGAGGACGCCACCACAAUGAAACUGUCCCCUGUCAUCUCAGUCAGAGUCAUCAGAGGAUGCUGGCUCCUCUAUGAAAAACCUGGCUUCCAGGGUCGUGUCAUUGCCCUUGAGGAAGGUCCAACAGAGCACAUAGUAAAUGUGUGGGCAGAAGAGGGAACUCCAACAACGUUAGAUCAGAUGGGUCAGCCCAUACCAACAGCACCUGUGGUCAUAGGCUCUAUCAGAUUGGCAGUCAGAGACUAUAGUGUACCCCGAAUUGACCUGUUUGCAGAGGUGAAUGGGUUGGGGAGGAUGUCAUCUUACUGUGACGACACUGUGGAGAUUGGCUCUUAUGCCAUCCCACCGACCACUGGCUCCAUUAAGGUCCAUUCUGGAGUGUGGCUCGUGUACACUGAUCCAGGGUUUGGAGGUUUUGUAGGAGUGCUGGAAGUGGGAGAGUAUCCCUGCCCAGAGAGCUGGGGUUUCCCUGAGCCCUUCAUCGGCUCUCUCAGACCCCUCCGAAUGGGAGCAAUAAGGGUGGAGCAUCCUAAUGAAUUCAAGGCCUUAGUGUUUGAGAAGCCUGACUUUGAAGGAGAGUGCAUAGAGGUGGACAGCGAUGUGUAUAACUUGCAAGAAGAACCAGAAGAGGAAAAAACAGGCAAACCGGACAAGAACAAGAAGACGUUAUCUGCAGUGGGGUCGAUAAAGAUACUCGCUGGUCUCUGGGUGGGCUACCAGGAGGCAGACUUUGAAGGCCAGCAGUACAUCCUGGAGGAGGGGGAGUUUCCUCACUGCACUGACUGGGGAGGAUCUGAGGACGGUCUCCUGUCACUUCGCCCUGUAUGCACAGAUUUCCUGUCCCCCCACAUUAAACUGUUCAGCAAGCAGCACUUUGAUGAGCUGGGGCUAAAGGUGGACUUGUUGGGUCCCGUGGUGAACAUGGAGGAUGUCGGCUACGGUGUCAAAACUCAGUCUGUCAACGUCAUGGGCGGCGUGUGGGUGGGCUUUGAGAAGCCUGGAUUCAGCGGCGAGCUCUACAUCCUGGAGAAAGGCCUGUAUGCAUGCCCAGAGGACUGGGGAGCCCUGAACUUCAAGAUUUCAUCCAUACAGCCGGUCUUCCAUGACGCUCUGAUGGGAACAAUAAAAUACAAGGUGCAGCUGUAUUCUGAGCCGGACUUCCAGGGUAGGUCGGUCUCUCUGGAGGACAGCACAGCAGCUCUGGAUGAGGACUUCAUAACCAGAUCCUGUAAGGUGCUGGCUGGCAGCUGGGUUGCUUAUGAAGGAGCCCAGUUCACAGAGAACGUGUAUGUGUUGGAGAAGGGAGAAUACCCCAACACAGAGGCCAUAGGCUUCCUGUCAUCGGACUCUACCGUCCGCUCCAUCCAGCCCAUUGGACAUGAGUUAUCUUUGCCCUCCAUCAUCUUGUUCAGUAAGGAGGGCUGCCGAGGUCGCAGAUCCGUGCUGACAGAUGGAGCUGUGAACCUGCUGCAGGCGGGCCUGAACACACGCAUACGCUCCCUGGUGGUGGAGGGAGGAAUGUGGGUGUUGUAUGAAGGCAGUAACUACUGCGGUCGACAGCUGCUUCUUCAGCCAGGUGAAGUGGCUGAUUUGUACAAGCUAAGCGGCUGGCAGCGAAUAGGAUCCCUACGUCCAUUACUUCAGAGGCAGAUGCACUUCCGUCUGCGGAACAAGGAGACGGGAUGUAUGUUGUCCCUGACAGGAACCCUGGAUGAUGUCAAGCUGAUGAGGAUUCUGGCUGUGGAGGAGACAGGAGAGGUGGAGCAGGUCUGGCUCUAUCGGGACGGCCGGCUUACCUGCAAGCUGGUGGAAGACUGUUGCCUGCAGACCUCAGGCAGUGUGCUGAUGGCGGGCAACAGGCUUUGUGUUUCCCCUGACCAAGACAAAACCAACCAGCUAUGGAACAUCACUCCUGAUGGGCUGGUGCGCUGCCACCUCAAACCUGACCUGGUCCUGGAGGUCAAAGGUGGUCAUCAGUAUGACAAGAACCAGGUGAUCCUCAACACAUUUGAUGAGAGAAAACUGAACCAAAGAUGGACUUUAGAGAUCUUGUGAUGUUUUGAGUCUGGACUCUCCUGUGUGUUCUCAUAACCCUCUAACGCAGCUCUGCCAGGGCAGUGAGCCCUGUGACGCCCUGUGACGCCCUGUGAAGCACUGUAUACCAAAGAGUCGAUGCAGCUGUCUUUACGUUUCCACUGCAUAUAGUGAGAAGUCAGCCCCGUUUCAGCACUGCAUACCUCCUUUCUGUGUGGUCAUGUUCUACUGCAUGUCUGCUUUCUAAUCACAAUGUUGUCAAAUAUGAAUGUAUGCUGUGUGUUGACAGCUGCAAUAUGAAGUCUGAUGUGCAUACACUCCAAAGAUCUCUGAGAACUAAUUAUUGUAAAGUUUUUAUAUCUUUUUAGAAUUUUACACAAACUGGACUUUACUGCAGUAGCUUGUACAUAAUUUGAAUAUAAAUUUCAAAACAGAAUUGCAAAAACAGCCCACAGCUGAUUGUAAAUAUGUGAAUGUAAAAAGAAAGCUGUUACGUAGGAAAAUACAAAUGUGAUUUUCUUUCUUUCUUUCUUU